AUGGAUAUGGAUGCUUCAAUCCAUGACCAGGCCCGGGCUCGGAUAGAGAAGCUCUUGGUCGUGGAUUCGCGCGGCAGCAAGUUGAAAGCUUACACUCAUGUCAGAAACUUCCAGUACAUCAAGUCGGUGCUUGGCGGCGUCGAUGAGAACCUACUUGACGUUGGGGUGAACGACAUCUUGAUGGACUUGGAAUCUCAUCCAUGCAGGGGAUUUAGUGUGCAAGGUGAUGGACCUUUGGAUAUGCGCAUGAAUCCUCAGGAUAUAAGGCAGUGUUGCUUGCCUAAUUACUACUUGCCUGUAGGAAAACUAAAUCAGCGAUUAAAGGCAAGUUUGAAAGCUGAAGAGAUAUUGAAUUCUUGGCCUGCUGCGGAAGUGGGAAAGGUACUACGUGAAUAUGGAGAAGAAAGCAAUUGGCAAUUUAUUCAGAAUAAAAUUGUUAAAGCUCGUGCACAAGGGGGAUUGCAUACUACAGAUGAACUUGUGCAUCUUAAUUUGGAGUGUGGACAAUCUGUUAAGGUUGUCUUUAAUCAGAUUUCGAUUGUGCUACUAGAGAUUCAUAAAUGA